AAAGGUGGACGCGGUCUUCUUCAUGUACUGCGCCACGCUGGUGUUCGCGAUGUCGAUCGGGUUCGCGCUGCUCGAGGUCGGGAGCGUGUCGAUCCGGAACACGAAGAGCGUGCUGGUGAAGAACGUCUUGGACCUGUGCGCGAGCGGGGUGGCGUAUUACGCGGUCGGGUACGGGCUGGCGUGGGGCGCGGGCGAGGACGGGUUCGCGGGCAGGGACGGGUUCGGGAUGCGGUCGGCGAAGUUUGACAGCGCGAAUCACGCGACGGCGGCGGGGGCGCACGCGAACGCGUUCUUUUCGGCGUGCUUCGCGGCGACGAGCGCGACGAUCGUGUCGGGGGCGGUGGCGGAGCGGUUUCCGUUUCAGUCGUACGCGGUUUUGUCGAGCGUGGUGGCGGGGGUCAUCUUUCCGAUCGUCUCGCACUGGGCGUGGGCGGAGAACGGGUGGGCGAAUCCGGUCAGGGGGGGUGGGAGGGUGUUGUUCGACGUCGGGGUGCUGGAUUACGCGGGAUCGGGCGUGGUGCACGUGACGGGGGGACUGUGCGCGCUCUGGGCGGUGUACGUCGUCGGCGCGCGCGCGGGGCGGUUCUCUCACGGACGACGGGCGAACGAUAUGCCUCAGCAGAACCCGGUGUAUCAGGUGAUCGGAGGCAUGCUCAUGUGGUACGGGUGGUUCGGGUUCAAUUGCGGCAGCGUGCGGACGCUCGCCGAAGAGCAUUUGAUCACGGUUGCGCGCGUCGGUCUCGUCACCGCGCUCUCGGGUUGCCUCGGCGGUAUCACCGUGGUCUGUAUCGAUAUGUAUCGCGAUCGCAGUCGCGUUCGUCCGGCUCGAAUGAUCAACGGUAUCCUCACCGCUCUCGUGAGCUCUUCCGGGGGCGCGGCGUUCGUAGAGAUUGGCGUGUCCCUCGUCAUCGGCGUCGUCGCCGGAGUUUUAUACGUCUGGGCGUCGGACUUUAUGGUGCGCAAGAAGCUCGAUGAUGUCGUCGACGCCGUCGCCGUACACUUUUUUGGCGGUAUUUGGGGCAUCGUCGCCUCCGCGCUUUUCAGUGCGCCGAAGUUCCUCAAGCACUUUUACGGCGAUUCUUACAAGGGUUGCGGGUUGUUGUACGGAUGCUCGCACGGCGGCGCCGUCUUCGGCGCAGCCUUGGUGUUCCUACUCGCCUUAUGCGCUUGGGUGUCCGUCACGGCGCUGGCCGUGCUCGCUGUACUCAAGUACUUCAAUGCACUCCGAGUGUCGGCCGACAGAGAAUGUAAUGGGCUCGACAGGUCCAUGCACGGCGGUUCAUCGUACACCGAGUUCCAAACGACGAUUUUCAGGUUCAAAGACAAGUCGGGCAGCGAGAGUCAAAUGGAAAUGCGCGUUCGCGCUGGCGAUGCGGCUCGAUUUGCCAUGGUGCUCAGCGAAAUCAUGGAAACCGACGCGAAGCCUACUUCCGUCGCGACUAGUCGGCGGUCGUCGACUAGUGACGGCAGCCUAACUCCAUCUCCAUCGCAAAGUCCAGGGCGCUCCAGUGCUCCGUUGCUUCCUGGAGACUUAGGAAGUCUCGGCGAAGCCAAGUUGACCAUCACCGAGGAAUGAACCUGCUCUCGAGUAAAUUUUUGUAUCCGUUAAUCUAGUGUAUCGUUGUCAUUACAAGCUAAAUUCUUCGUCA